GUUUAUAAUAUAAAUGCCGUGCUUAAAGCAGUUUCCAACGGAGGUUCAAUUAAGGUACUCAUGUAGAAUAUACCGACUGUGUUUUUAAUUGAACUUAAUCAUGAAAUGCAUUUAUGUGGGUUUCUUUCACCCGGAGCAAUCGUGUUGAUUUUCGUGGAUGAUACAUCUCGUCAUCGAGGAUAUUUAUAAGAUGGAGGACAGAAAUGUGAUCAAAUCUCAAUAAUACCAUAGCGUGGAAUAACAAGGUGCCAUAAUGUGUCAUCGGAUGAGACACAUGUUGCUGAUAUGGGUAGGCUUGGUGAUAGGAAUUGUGACAGCCCAACAACAGACACUUUGUAAAGAUGGUAGGGCAGACAUUAUCUUCCUGCUUGACGAAAGCAGUAGUGUUACAAUCAGUGACUUUGCCAAAGCACAGCAAUUCCUCAAAUCGUUCAUGGAAGCUGUUAUCAUUGGACAAAAUGACUAUCAAAUAGGAUUAGUUCGCUUUAGUGACUUAGCCAAAACCGUGUUCAAACUUAACACCCAGACUACAAAAUCUGAGAUGGUACAGGCAAUAGAUGCUCUGGUACCAUUGGGUGGGGCUACUAAUACUAGUGGAGCCCUACGAGAGGCUGUCACUCUUCUUUCCCCGGCCAAUGGUAACCGGGGGGAUGUGCUCGAUGUUGUCAUAAUAAUAACAGAUGGUGUGGACAAUGUUGAAGAAGACAGAACUGCUUAUGAGGCAUCACUAACUAGAAUGCUACCGAGUCGAAUUUUUGCAAUUGGCGUUGGACCAGCCAUUGACAUAAAGGAACUGAAUGCGCUUGCUACAGACCCAAAUGACUUUCACUUGUAUGAUCUCAGUGACUAUACCAUGCUGGAUAGCAUUGUUGAGGAUUUGGUGCUAAAGACUUGCUUUCAACAAGGAUGUGGUUUGGAGGAAUCGGACAUUGUGUUAAUCCUUGACAUCUCGGGCAGUAUAGAGAUCGUCCAGUUCGAGGAGACUAUAUCAUUCAUCAAAAGUAUCGUCAACGAUCUGGAUAUCGGUCCGACAAAAUCCAGAUUAGGUCUGGUAACAUUUGCUACUGAUGUCAAUAUAAAGUUCACUUUGGAUCGUUACAACAAUAAGGCGGAUAUACUUGCUGCCCUCGACACGGUAACACAUUCAGGAGGUUCAACCGCCACCGUGCAGGCACUUAACACAAUGAGAACAAGGAUGUUUACUCUGGCGGCAGGUGAUAGACCAAACCACCCUAAUACUGCAUUCAUCAUAACUGAUGGAAGUUCCAAAGAUGGGAAUCCCUCUACCGAAGCAAGGUUGUCGAGGGAGAAAGGAAUACAGAUAUAUGCCAUCGGCAUUACGACCGUCGAAUUAAAUAUAGCAGAGUUGACAGACAUAGCUAGUGACCCUAAACAACAACAUCUUUUCUUUGUCGAUGACUUCGCAGAACUUGCUUCACUCCGUGGAACCAUCGCAUGCCUUCCACCAUUGGAGGAGGCAAACACGAUAGCUCCACCGAGUACCGAGAGCCCUGCCAGUACCCCUGCCAUGUCAACAGCAACGCCAACUGUGCAGCCACCAGGACCAUGGGAUCCUAGAGAAUGCAGACGUGGGCGUGCCGAUGUUGUGUUUGUAUUGGACAGUAGUGGCAGUAUCAGUGAUCCUAACUUCAUCCUUAUGAAGGAGUUCAUCCAGAACAUCGUCUUGAGCUUGGAUAUCAGCAAUACUACAACACGCGUCGGUGCUAUGUCUUUCAGUGACGCUGCAACACAGAACUUUGCGUUGAAUCAGUACUUCAGUAGGUUUGAUGCAGCAGCUGCCGUUGGAAGGAUUGAUCAUGAGAAGGGCUCAACAGCCACAGUAGCUGCAUUGAGACUCCUAAGGGAAGUGAUGUUCACCCAAGAAAAUGGUGACAGACCAAAUGUACCAAACAUAGCCAUUUUCAUUACCGAUGGUUCAUCCAAAGACGGUGCACCAAAGGAGCAAGCCAAACUCGCCCAUGAUGCAGGAAUCAAGAUAUUCUGUAUCGCUGUUGAGAGCCAAGAUCAGGGCAUUAGACCAGAAGAGUUUGCUGACAUCGCUAGUGAUCCAGAUUCAGAUUACCUGUUUAAUAUCGAUACUUUUGAUGCUCUGCCUGAGAUCAAGAAAGGCAUUUCUGAAGGGGCUUGCAUCAGGACUCCAAUAUGUCAGGAUGGAGUGGCAGAUAUCACACUGUUGUUGGAUGUUUCUGGCAGUGUAGAAAAGGUUCAGAGUAAUGUUCUGCUGGCCGCAAGGGCAUUGGUAGAGGACCUCAACAUAAGGCAAGAUGGUCAGAGAGUGGCAAGUGUUUCAUUCAGCGACGAGCCUAAAGUAGAAUGGCUUUUAACAGCUCACAAUGACGUCAACACGCUUGUAGAUGCAAUUGAUAGCAUCGAAUCUGUAGGUGGAGCUACAAAUAUCGCCCAUGCUAUCUCAACAAUGGAGAGCCAAGUGUUUCAAAAAGAUAAAGGUGAUCGAAGUAACGUUACAAAUGUAGCUGUGUUAAUAACUGAUGGCGUCUCAACGGUGUUUGAAACCCAGACUAUCGCACAAGCAAUAAUUGCUCGAAGAAAUGGCACUGGUACAUUGAUAUUUGCUCUGGGCAUUGGUCCUGGGGUCGACGAGGCGCAAUUGAGGCUGAUAGCAACUCCACCCUACCAAGCACACAUGUUCAUAGCAAGAGACAUCAAUGAAUUGUACGACGCAACUGAGAGCAUGGCAAAGCAUGCGUGCUUCAAAAAAGUUCAACCUUCUUCUGGAUCACCAUCAAGAACAAUUCGAGAGGCUGCAAACAUUGAUGAUCGGAUUUCCAUAUCAUAACCGAUAGAAUAACAAAUAUGCCAUCAAAAUAUAUGCAAAAUUAAUAUCAAUUAAACAUUGAAUACCUUAGAAGUUCACAAAUGUAACUUAGAAAAUAUCUGAAUAGUCAAUAUACAUGAACAACGUAAUAGCACAUUAUUAUGCAAAGUAUGAAAUGCAUUUUGCAAUUUUAAAGUAGUGUUAUAGUAGCAGGACUAAAAUAUAUACUUCGCUCCAACAGGCAUGUUAUAAUCUUUCUAUUCGUACUAACCAGAGUAUUAUUUUUCCUGUCCGUCGAUAAGGCAGGUCAAAUUAAAUUCAGAAAAACUGGAAUAAAAUGUAUAGAAAAAAGAUCUGAACUAUAUCAAGAUACAACCAUCCUCCGAACGCAGGGUUCCAG